AUGGCCAGAAGUGUUAGGGUUAUAGUGAUGAUCAGGAGGUAGACGAGGAAGGUGACGUCCAAGCUCUGCACGAUGAAGUGGCCGGAGAAGAGCGAGAGGGCGGGGAUGAAGCAGUACAUUAUGAGGAACAUGGAGGUGAAUGGGUAGAUGCCCACGUUGAGGUAGGCGAUCCUCUGGAGGAGCUUCAGGCGGGAGGAGGCCAGGAGGGCGUUGUUCCUGGAGAAGAAUAUCUCGACGGAGCCGGUGGCCCACCGGAGGACCUGGUGGAGGCGGUCGGUGAGGUUGAUGGGGGCGGAGCCGCGGAAGGCAUCUCUUUUGGUGAUGCAGUAGACGGAGCGCCACCCGCGGUUGUGCAUGCGGUAGCCGGUGACGACGUCCUCCGUGACGGAACCGUAGAUCCAGCCGAUGCGGCUGCCCCACUCCGUCUUGUCCUCGUACCUGCACCGGCUGGUUGGUCAGUCACUCGCCGGAGAGGAAGAAGAAGAAAGGAAGAGAGGAAGAGGAGAUUACCAGCAGGAGAUGACGGAGACGGCCUCGGUGACGACGGAGGAGUCAAGGGGUUCGCGGGGGACGCGGAGGGCGCCGGGGGGGCGGCCGUUCUUGACGCCGGGGUGGUCGGCGAGGGGGCGGCCCUGAAACUCGGCGAUGGCGACGGACUUGGCGAGGGCGGUGGAGUUUCCGAAGCUCUUCUGAAGGAGGGCCACCUCCAAGCCGUCUUCUUCGAGCUCGUCUGAUCUCAACGCUCUCGUCUCCGACUCUGGAUUUCCAUCGCCGAUCUUGCUCUUCUUCUUCCUCUUGAUGAACCAGCCGGAGUACUCCGUCGCCCUCGGCGGGUCGAAGCCGUAGAGAGCGAAGCGCCGGAAGAGGCACCCCGUGCCGACGUACACCGGCCCCUGCGCAGAGAAGAACCCAGAACCAUCGGCGAGAAGAAGAAAAUUGUAGUAGUAGUAGUAGAAGUAGAGGAAGAAGAAGACGAAGAAGGGUUAGGGUUAGUUACCUGGACGCCGUCGAGGGCGCGCAUGUUGCCGUCGAAGAAGACGGUGUUGUGAUUCGCGUAGCGGUCGGAGGGGUCGAUCCCCUCGAACCUCUGGGGGAACUGGAUGUAGCAGAUCCGGUCCCCACCGCGGUCCAUCAUAAAGCACAUCCCCUCUCUAAUGGCCUGCGAGUUGUAAACGUAGUGGUCGCAGUCCAGGUUCAGGAUGAAGGCACCAUUGGAGAGCACCGCCGAUGACCUAACCAGAGCAUUCAUGGCCCCGGCCUUCUUAUUAUGAUCAUAUCCCCUCCUCUUCUCCCUGGACAUGUACACCAGCAUCGGCAACCUCACGUCCACGUCUGAGAAGUCCAUCAUCCUCUCCUCCUCCGGCGGACCCAUCACCGGCUCCGGCGCCGGCGGCCGGAGCAUCACCUGCAACACGCUGGGGUGAUCUCCCUUCCCGUGGUCAGCGGCGGAGACUGCCCAAGUCGCCGGCCAGUGGGUUCCAUCCGCCAUCCAAGUCGCCUUCUGCACCUUGAUGGGCUCAGAAGGAUCGGCCCCCUUCUCCCUCAUCAUCUUCAGCAUCUUCAUCUCCUCCCUCGCGUUGAACGCGUCGGAGCGCCGUCGGAUGGAAUCCGGCAACCCGUUGAUCCUCACCUUGAAUUCAUCGUACUCCCGCUUGAUCCGCCGCCGGUCCUUGACGAAAUCAGACCGCCGCUUGUUCUUCGUGGGGUCGCCCUUCACGUUGAAGUAGCUGUCUGGAUUUCUGGGCUCGAUAUCGUGCUUCCGGCAGAAGGGGACCCAGAUGGCAGCGAAACUUGCGGCCUCCGCCAUGGCCUCGAAGGUGAGAAGAGCGCCGCCGUCGUCGGAGACGUAGCAAGCGAGCUUCUCCACCGGGUAGUCGACAGCGAGGAUGGAGAGGAUGGUGUUGGCGGUGACCAGCGGCGGCUCCUUUUCUGGGUCGGCGGUGGAGACGAAGACGUCGACGCCGGGGAGGUCGGAGCGGCCGGCGGGGUUCGCCGGCGACGGCGAGUCGAACUUGUCCCGGAGCACGGCAAGAUCGGUGGCCCGGUUGAUGGGACAGAGCUUGGGGAUCUGGUCCAGAAGCCAUGAGAAGGCGAACCAGAGCUCGCAGACGAUGGACAUGCCCCAGAGCCAGAGGGCCUCCUCGUUGGGAUGCUUCACCCGCCACUGGAGGAAGAACCCUAACGCGACGAUGCGGACGGCGAUGAGGAGCCUGUAAGGGCUGAUGAUGGCGGUGGGCAUGGGGAUCUUGCGGGUGAGCGGCUUCCAUUGCUUGUCCAUGGCCUCCGGCGGCGGCCCACUGAAGUCGCUGUCGUCUUCUCCGGCGCCGGCGCCGCCGUAGCCGUCGUCCUUGGCCCAGAAGGCGUUGCCGUAGCCGUAGGUUCCCUUGGUCUCGAACAGCCACCGGUUGUGGUCGAACUCUCCCGUUUGGCUCCUCAUCAGAAGCGACUUGUUGGUGGACUUCAUAACCGACAUUCGGCGGUCCGUCUUCUGGCUCGCCGGCGCCGGCAGCGGCAGCGCCGCCCCGGCGGAGAACUCCGGCGGGUCGCCGUCGUCGUACUCCCCCACCUUGUACGGCUCCUUGCAUCCCGGGCACAUCCCCCCUCCCUUCUGCGCGUCCAUAUAACAAUCCCUGCAUAUCUUGAACCUGCACACGCCGAUCACCACUGCCGGAGUACCUCGCCGGUGCCGGAGAAGACGACCAGCGGAAAGAAUCAAACCUAAAAAGAAAAGAUUUACCGGCACUCGCAGGGGUCGAGAUCGUCGCCAUUCUCGUCGGUCAUGACCUUGCCGUCGCAGGCGGCCAUGGAGCAGAGGGAACCCUUGCCGGCGGCCAUCUGGGGGUGCCUGGUUUGGUGAUCGAUGACCUUGUCCAUGAGAUGGGCUCUGGUGACGGUGUUGAAGCCGCCGGUGAAGAGGGAGUUGGAGACGUACUGCUCCUCCGCCUUCAGCGCCACUGAGGAGGCCUCCAUGGGCUCGUUCAUGGGUUGGUUAUCGGGCGUCGGAGGGAUGUGCACGGUGUAGUUCAUGUAGUCGCCGGAGAUCUCGCCGGAGAUGUCAAUGUCCUCCCUCGAGAGGCUCACGUAGCGGCCGCUCGAAGUCCGACGAGCGAAUUUCACCGUCUGGUUCGUCCUCGAGCUCUGCGAUCCGCUCCCUCCCGGAGUUCGGAGGGCCUUCUUCGAUGGGUUCUGCGGCUGCGAAGCCAUUAUUCCUCUAUCUCAUCACCCGAGCUCGAAUCCCCCGCAGUUUCUCUCUCUCUCUCUCUUUGUCGGGAGCUCUGGUAGGGGGUUCAGGAGAGAGGAGAAGAUGGGUGUGUGGGUCUUCUCAGGGAGGAGGUGCCGCCAUUAACGGAGCUUCCUUGGAGAUAUCCACCGCCAUUCCGCCCCAUGCAGGAACGUCGAAGUCCUGGAGAGAGAAACACAGAGAGAGAGAGAGAGAGAGUCUCUCACCGUCAGUUCCAUCGCCCUCCUCCCCUCUCCUUUGACUCGGCCUCCAACUCUCUCUCUCUCUAGAGGGUCUUGCUAAUAUUAGCAGGUCUUUGGGGGGAGAGACUCGUGGAGGGCUGGCCGGGUUGCAGAGCCGACAUCGCCGGAGUCGGGGAGGGUAAGAAGGCAGGGACGAUGAUGAUGAUGGUGAGAAAGGAAGAGAAUAAUUUAUUUAAAUAAACUUAUUUUCUUCUCAUAAAUAUUACGGUAAUCAUUAAAAUAAAUAAAGUAAAAAUAAAAUCGUGCAUUCGGAUUAUUUCCUCAGAAUCCAAUUAAAUAAUUAUUUUUUUCCAAAGGAUGUGUAAUUUCGGGCUUCAUAAGGCCCGGCCUCAUAUGGGUCCGGGCCUGGCGCCGAUUUUACCCAGAAAAGCCCGAAAUGUGGGCCCAAGGCGGAACAUUGGGGGGUCAGUCAGAACAUAAGGAGGGAGACACAGAGGAGAGAGGUAAGAGGGAGAGAGGGAGGCCAAAUCGGGCCUAUUUUGCGUCAAAAGCCCGACAAGUUAAUCUGGCUUGGCCGGGCUGCGGGCGUUCUCGGCCUGUUGACGAUUCUAGGAAUCUGUAGAAUUCAUUGUUCGGAUUUGAUUUGUCUUGGGGGGUGAUUUUGUGAUUCGGGUUGCGGAACGGGUGGACGAUCCGAGCUAAGUCGGGCCGCUUUCGAUCCAAGCAACUGAGUUGACCCCGGCCAAACUAGUAAGUUUAUCGGAUCGCAAAAACGGGUACCCGUGUUCGAGACAAUCCGAAAGUGUCCAAUAGUGGCCUUUUAAGAAAAAAGAAAACCCUGGAGCAGUGCCCCCGAUCGCUCGUUCGUCGCUGGAGUGAAACCUCACGGUGGCGAAACCCUAGGAAUCUCCUCCCUCCCGGAGUGCGAUCCCCGGAGGUCUAGAGGUCAGCGUCGCCAUUAUCCUGAACAUGAUCUAAUCUCUUUGUAAACCUCGUUUUGAUUGAUUUCCCCCACCCUCCCCCUCAUUCUGUUGAUUCCUGUUGUUCGUCCCGUGAUCCCGUUCGUCUACGAGUUGAGGGAUUUUUUAGGCCUGAACAUCUGAUAUCAAGCUGGGAUAAGAUAUCUGUUGUUCUGUAGAUCGUCAAUGGUGGUGUUAUGCUCGAUUUCAUAGCUAGGUUGUGGUGCACCUAAUCUUUUGUCGGGGGGAGUGGUGAGAGCCAUUUUUCUGGUGUUUUCUUCUAUUCUGAAAGUCUGCUGCACCUCUCUCGUAGAGCGAGGAAGCAUUUCGGAUCGUCGUUGUCCGUUGAUCUCUUGGACGCUAAUAAGCUUUAAUCAUCUGCGUAGGAACUCAGACUUUGUAUCAUCUUUUUCUGGACAGGUCUUCUCUGCGAGGUGAAGGUCCUGCCGGUUACGAAGCCUCACUCUAAUGGCGGAACACUUGGCUUCUAUAUUUGGUACGGAGAAGGACAGGGUGAAUUGUCCAUUCUACUUCAAGAUUGGGGCAUGCCGGCACGGGGACCGAUGUUCCCGGCUCCACAACCGUCCGACAAUAUCUCCCACCCUUCUGCUCUCCAACAUGUAUCAGAGACCCGAUAUGAUCACCCCCGGCGUGGACACUCAGGGGCAGCCCAUUGACCCCCGGAAGAUCCAGGAGCAUUUCGAGGAUUUCUACGAGGAUAUCUUUGAGGAGCUCAACAAGUUUGGGGAGAUUGAGAGCCUGAAUGUAUGUGACAACCUUGCUGAUCAUAUGGUGGGGAAUGUCUAUGUCCAGUUCAAGGAGGAAGAACAGGCUGAGGCAGCUCUGCGUGCACUCCAGGGCCGGUUCUAUUCUGGUCGUCCCAUCAUUGCCGACUUCUCCCCUGUCACGGAUUUUCGUGAGGCCACCUGCCGACAGUUCGAGGAGAACAACUGCAAUCGUGGUGGAUACUGCAAUUUCAUGCACGUGAAGCAGAUUGGAAGGGAACUGCGAAGGAAGCUUUACGGACGUUACCGGAGAUCAAAAGGGAGCCGCAGUCGGAGCCCGAGCCCCCACCAUCGGAAAGAGCCUCGUGAUCAUGGGGACUACCGUGACCGUGGCGAGCACCGUGACGGCGGACGCAGAGGAGGUGACAGGCCGGGAAGGCAUGAGAAUGAUGGCGGGCGCCGCCGUCAUGGGAGCCCCAGACGGAUGAGGAGCCCUGCCAGAGAAGGCAGCGAAGAACGACGGGCCAGGAUUGAACAAUGGAACAGAGAAAGAGAGCAGAAGCAAGGAUGAAUUUUUAUCAUCUUAGUUUCUUCAGUUCAUUGCUUUUAGACUGAAAGAUAUUGGAGAGAGAGGUUUUAGUUUGGUCUUGUCCGGCUCAUUCUAUGGUAAUCCUAGAAGCCCAGGUAUAAUGGCUGUGUUGAAACUCCACCUUGUCUCUUCCUUUCUGUGAUGUGUAUGAGAAUUCUGAUAUCUAACAGCUAUUUGGCCCUGUCUCCACCCCCCUUGAGAUCAGUAGGAAAUGUUAAUCAGUAGAAAACAGUUUCAUGAGAUCUUUACUCUCGCAUGCUUUCCAAGCUUUGAUCUUAAGUAGUGAGUAAAGUCUUACGAAUUCUUGUUGAUACGCUGUUUUUUUUUUCCAUUAAUGGCUAAAAAUUUCAUCUUGUUUUGUUAAUCUCGAUGAACUGAAACUGCCCCAUGGUGGUGGAGCAUCCAUCGUCAGAACAAGGUGGGAGAGAGAGAGAUAGAGAGAGAGAGAGACAGAGACAGACAGACAGAGACAGAGAGGGAGGGAGAGGGGAGGGGGGGGAGAGAGAGAGAGAGAGAGAGAGAGAGAGAGAGAGAGAGAGAGAGGAGUAUGACUUGGUGGGCAGUUGA